AUGUCAGGGGAGGCUGAGAGAAGCACUGCAUCUGAAAUGAGUCUCUCCAAGAAGCAUCCUGACACUGAAAGUUUCAGGGAGAAGACAUCAGAGUCACCUACACAAGACUCCUCAAAAGACUUCAACCCACCGUGUUUCAGAGAGGGAGAUCUGCCCUCUGAGAAAAGUGGCAUGGAGAAGAGAUCAGAGUCACCUACACAGAGCUGCGUGUCCAUGAAGAGUGAGGCAUCAGAUGACCAGGUCCGACCCAACCUCAGAGACGAAGAGCUGCCCCCUGAGAAAAGUGUCACGGAGAAAAGAUCAGAGUCACCUACACACAGCUCUGUGUCCAUGAAGAGUGAAGCAUCAGACGACCAGGUCCGACCCGACCUCAGAGACGGAGAGCUGGCCUCUGAGAAAAGACACAGCUGUGGGUUCAAGGGCGGUGAAGCCUUAAAAGAUCAGAAGUUUCAUGAAGUUCUACGCAACAUCUUCUCUGGCAUUUCAAGCACUCUUGGGGGCCCUCUGGUGGCCACGAGCUUAGUUGACUUAUGCGUUGGGCCGGCUCUGGAUCUUGAGGAAAAAGUAAUCACAUUUAUGAAGCAUGAGCUGAAAAGGAUUAAGAAAUUUCUGAAGACAAAAAACAUGAAAGACUAUGAUAGGAGAACAGAUGAUUACAACAGCGCCAGAGAGGGAGCUGCUAACAUCACAUUGCACUGUCUGAGGAACAUGAACCAGAAUGACCUCGCAGAUACAUUGGAGAAAUGUCUCAUUAUAAUUAAUCUUCAUCAUGAGCUCAAAUCACGUUUGAAGAGGAAGUAUGAACAUGCAUUUGAAGGAAUAACAAAGCAGGGAGAGUCAGUACUCCUUGAAAAAAUUUACACAGAACUCUACAUUACAGAGGGUGGAAGUGGAGCAGUCAAUGAGGAACAUGAAGUGAGACAGAGUGAGAAAGCAUUUGGACGUCCAGAAACACCAGAGAAAUUAAUUGAAUGCAACAAUAUCUUUAAUCCAUUACCUGGUCAAGACAAAACCAUCAGAACUGUGCUUACAAAAGGAGUCGCUGGCAUUGGAAAAUCAAUCUCUGUGCAGAAGUUCAUUGUAGACUGGGCUGAAGGAAAGGCAAAUCAGGAUAUCGAGUUCAUUUUUCCGCUUCCUUUCCGGGAGCUGAAUCUAAAGAAUGGGGAGCACAGUUUGAUGGACAUUCUCAAUCAGUUUUUCCCAGAGACAAAAGGAAUAGAUUUUACCAAAAAAAUUAAGUACAAAGUUCUAUUCAUCUUUGAUGGCCUGGAUGAAUGCCGACAUCCUCUGAGAUUCCAGAAAAACGAGACUUGGUCUGAUGUAACCAAACCAGCCUCAGUGGACGUCCUUUUAACAAACCUCAUCAGGGGAAAUCUGCUUCCCUCUGCUCUCAUAUGGAUAACCACCAGACCGGCAGCAGCCAGUAAAAUCCCUCCUGAGUGUGUUGAUCAGGUGGUGGAGGUACGAGGUUUUAAUGACACGCAGAAGGAGGAGUACUUCAGAAAGAGAAUCACUGAUGAGAAACUGGCUGACAGAAUCAUCUCACACAUGAAGCAAUCAAGGAGCCUCUACAUCAUGUGCCACAUCCCAGUCUUCUGUUGGAUCUCAGCCACUGUUCUUGAAAGAAUAUUGGGAGGAACAGACAGCACAGAUAAACAGGAAACCCUAAAGACACUGACACAAAUGUACUCAUACUUUCUGAUCUUUCAGACCAGACAGAAGAAUCAGAAAUAUGAAGAGACAGAAUCCAUGGACACAGUGUGGGAUGAAAAGAGCAUUCUGGCAAUGGGAAAGCUAGCCUUUCAGAACUUGUUGAGCAACAAUCUGAUCUUCUAUGCACAGGACCUGAAAGAAUGUGGCAUUGAUGUCACUGAUGCAUCUGUGUACUCAGGAAUGUGCACACAGAUCUUUAAAGAGGAAUCUGGGAUGUUUCUUGGUACUGUGUUCUGUUUUGUACAUCUGAGCAUUCAGGAGUAUAUUGCUGCCCUCUAUGCAUAUAUGUCAACUGACAAAUACCAAAAGAAUGUUUUUGUCAACCAGGAGACAUCACUGGAUAAUGAAAGUAACACAGUGAUUGGAUUGCUCAGGACUGCAGUAGAUAAGGCUUUGGAGAGUGAGAGUGGACACCUUGACCUUUUUCUCCGCUUCCUUCUUGGUCUCUCACUGGAGUCCAAUCAGAGGCUCUUACAGGGUUUACUGACACAGACAGGAAGCAGCUCACAGAGCAAGGAGGAUAUAGUCAGAUACAUCAAGGAGAAGUUCAAAGAGGAUCCUUCUGAAGAGAGAUCCAUCAAUCUGUUCCACUGUCUGAAUGAACUAAACGACAAAUCUCUAGUGGAGGAGAUCCAAAACCACCUGAGCUCUGGAAGUCUCUCCAGUGCCCAGCUCUCACCUGCUCAGUGGUCAGCUCUGGUCUUUGUGUUGCUGACAUCAGAGGAGCAGAUGGAGGUGUUUGACCUUAAAAAGUUCAUCAGGUCAGAUGAAUGUCUUAAGAGACUCCUGCCAGUGGUCAAAUCAGCCCAAAAAGCUUUGUUGUCCGACUGUCAAUUAACAGAGGAGAGCUGUUCAGCUCUAGCCACAGUUCUCAGAUCAGAUCAGUCCACUCUGAGAGAACUGGAUCUGAGCAACAAUAAAAUACAGGAUUCAGGAGUGAAGCAGCUGUCUGCUGGACUGGAGAAUUCACAGUGUAAACUGGAGAAACUGAAGCUUAAGGCCAGCAAAAUAACAGGAAAGGGCUGUGCAGCUCUGACUUCAGCUCUGACAUCAAACCCCUCACACCUGAUAGAGCUGAAUCUGAGUGGGAAUAAACUAAGAGAGUCAGGAGUGAAACACAUCUCUGCACUACUGGAGAAUUCACACUGUAAACUUGAGAGACUGAAUGUGUCUGACUGUAGUAUAACAGGAGAAGGAUAUGCUGCUCUUGCUUCAGUUCUGAAAUCAAACCCCUCACACCUGGUAGAGCUGGAUCUGAGAGGGAACAACCCUGGAGACUCAGCAGUGAAGCUGCUCUCUGAUUUACUAAAUUUACUUAAUGAUCAAAAGUGUAAACUGAAGACACUGAGGUUGUUGAAACGUGAUGCUGCAGAAAAAGCCUGUGUUUAUCUGACUGAAGUUCUAGGAAUAAACCCCUUACUCCUGACAGAGUUGGAUCUGAGUGGGAAGAAACUAGGACACUCAGGAAUGAAGCAGCUUUCAGCUCUACUGAGGGAUUCACACUGCAAAGUGAAGACACUUAAGCUUAAUAAGUGUGGCCUAACUGAGCAACACUGCUCAGUUCUAGCUGAGAUUCUCAGCUCAGGGUCUUCUAAUCUCACCCAUCUGGACCUGAGUCGCAAUAAUCUACAAGAUUCUGGAGUGAAGCGGCUGUCUGCUGGGCUGAAGAAUCCUCACUUGCAGAAACUUAAGCUUUCAGACUGUAGUAUAACACUAAAUGGUUAUGCUGCUCUGGCAACAGCUCUGAGAUCAAAUCCCUCACACCUGAUAGAGCUGGAUCUGAGAGGAAACGACCCUGGAUACUCAGGAGUGAAGCAGCUCACUGAUUUACAGAAGGACCCAAAAUGUAAACUUCAGACACUGAGGUUGUUGAAGAGUGAUGCUGCAGAGAAAGCCUGUGCUUACUUGACUUCACUAAUAGGUAGAAACCCCUUACUCCAGACAGAGUUGGAUCUGAGUGAGAAGAAACAAGGAGACUCAGGAGUGAAGCAGUUCUGUGCUCUUCUGGAGGAUUCACACUGCAAAGUGAAGAAACUAAAGCUUAAUGACAGCAGUAUAACAGAAGAAGGCUGUGUUGCUCUGACUUCAGCUCUCAGAUCAAACCCCUCACACCUGAUAGAGCUGAAUCUGAGUGGGAAUAAACUAGGAGACUCAGGAGUGAAGCAUAUCUGUUCUCUGCUGGAGAAUCCACACUGUAAACUGGAGAAACUGGAGCUUAAUGACAACAAUAUAACAGAAGAAGGCUGUGAUGCUCUGACUUCAGCUCUGACAUCAAACCCCUCACACCUGAUAGAGCUGAAUCUGAGUGGGAAUAAACUGGGAGACUCAGGAGUGAAACACAUCUCUGAUCUACUGGGGAAUCCACACUGCAAACUCCAGAAACUGCUGUUUAAUGACAGCAAUAUAACAGAAGAAGGCUGUGCUGCUCUGACUUCAGCUCUGACAUCAAACCCCUCACACCUGAUAGAGCUGAAUCUGAGUGGGAAUAAACUGGGAGAAGCAGGAGCAAAACACAUCUCUGCUCUCCUGGAGAAUUCAAACUGUAAACUACAGAGACUAUUGCUUAAUGACAGCAGUAUAACAGAAGAAGGCUGUGCUGCUCUGACUUCAGCUCUGACAUCAAACCCCUCACACCUGAUAGAGCUGAAUCUGAGUGGGAAUAAACUAGGAGACUCCGGAGUGAAGCACAUCUCUGCUCUACUGGGGAAUCCACAGUGUACACUGCAGAGACUGCUGCUAAAUGACAUCAGUAUAACAGAAGAAGGCUGUGCUGCUCUGACUUCAGCUCUGACAUCAAACCCCUCACACCUGAUAGAGCUGAAUCUGAGUGGGAAUAAACUAGGAGACUCAGGAGUGAAGCACAUCUCUGAUAUGCUACAGAAUCCACAGUGUAAACUCCAGAGACUGCUAUUGGACACUGGUUUACUCAGUACAGCUCUCAAUGCUUUCAGUACUGUCACAAGCUUUUUGUGGUCUGGUGGAAAGAAAAAUGAGAAGUCUGACCCUUCGUUUCAGCAGAGAGAGCCAGAUUCUCAUAGUGCCGGUGAGAAGGGAGAACAAGAUUCUCACAGUGAUGGUGAGAACGGAAAGCCAGGGUGUGAUACUGGAAGUGACCAGAGAGGGACAGAGUGGAGCAGUGAGAGUAAACAGACAGAACCAGAGAGUGGAAAUCCGCACUAUUCAGGUCCCGGCAGUGAAGUAUAG